GGUGAAUUUGCAAAUUUUAACAAAUCAGACCUUGUAAUGAUUAAGUGAUAUAGUUACAGAACCUCCAAUUUUAAAGACUAGUGCUCGGAUAUUUGAACACUUGAUCUACAAGGCAAAAGGCAGGACGACAUACCACACAGUUCUGGUAAAGAAACUGGUCCACACUACAAGCCUCUAUUCAAAUUUAACGCCGUUUUACUCAAUUCAGCUGAAUACGAACUACUAUUUUGACGCAUUAUCGGAAGUUUUAGUAAACCGCGUACGUCACUCAACGUUGAUUUCUGAACUUACUUAUAACUCAGCUCAGGAAAAGGUAACUUCAGAAGAUUUAAGGUGGAAUUUGAAAGUGUCAAGCACCUCACGCUGGUUUAAUGAACUGAAACAGCCUUCACGCACUUUAAAUUUUCUGUUGAAAUACAAGGAAUAUAUUAUAUAUAGACGCUGGAGCUGGUGUGCUAGAGACACAACGAAAAUAGGUCUAAAUUUUUGGUAUCUGAACUCAGCUUUUAUGCUGCAAAUUACCUCCAUAUCAAGAUUUGAACGAAUUAAUAAAUCUAGAAAAAAUGUUGCUAUAAAGAUAUCAAACCUGGUUUCUCGUGAGUUAAUCGGUUCAAAUGAGUUACUCUUCAGCUUUCUUAGCAAAGCAGAUAAGGAAAAAGCACAGUUGGAAAGAAAAUCAGCCUACGCUUUUAAAAGUAUUAAUGCAUAUGCCUUUUCGUUUCACUUUAAAAGGUUUUCAAAUUUUGAGACGGAAAUCAUGAUGUCGCAUAGACCGCCAACAGAUAAAUACAACGUCGUUUACUGCAUUAUACUGCUUCAUGGAAUUGGAGCUUUAAUGACCUGGAAUAUGUUUAUUACGAUUGCACCUGUGCUCUAAUU